AUGGGCGUGGGAGAUGGGGACCUCGCACAGUUGGAUGCCCCUCUCAUCCCAAGUCCGGCGGCGGGAUUGGGGUCUCAUGUGGAAGGCGGCGACGCCGCCUCCGGCGGUCGGAGCUUCGCAGGUCUGCUCGGAGAGGUGGAGAGGCAGGUUUGGCUGGCCGGGCCCCUCGUGGCCGUGAACCUCCUGCAGUACUGCUUGCAGGUGAUCUCUCUCAUGUUCGUCGGGCACCUCGGAGAGCUCGCCCUCUCGGGGGCUUCCAUGGCCACCUCCUUCGCCAACGUCACUGGUUUCAGCGUUCUGGUACGCUGUUCUCACCUUACCCUUUUGUCUUCAACACGAGACAUGAAAUCUGAGAUUGAUGAAAUCCUAAAGAUGCAAAUAGUGGCCCUUCUUCUGUAUUUUUUUUUAUAUCUCUGUAAAACCAUAGAACGCAGCUUACAGUUUGUUUUUUUUUUUUUCAAUGCUAAAUUUAGAUGCUUUCUCCAUUUGUACCACCCAUUAAUGGACCAUCAUCCUCCUCCCUCAUCCCCCCAUGCAGCUGGGCAUGGGAACCGCUCUGGAUACCUUAUGUGGGCAAGCCUACGGAGCAAAGCAGUAUCAUAUGCUCGGCAUUCAUCUGCAGAGGGCCAUGGUCGUCCUCCUCCUUGCAACCAUUCCCCUGUCUCUGAUCUGGGCCUCCACCAGCCGGAUCCUCAUGGCUCUUGGACAGAACCCCGAAAUAGCAACUGAGGCCGGGCUGUACGCUCUCUGGAUGAUUCCGGGUCUUCCUGCAUAUGGGCUCACUCAGUGCCACAUCAGGUUUCUUCAAUCCCAGAACAUAGUCGUUCCGAUGGUGGUGAUCUCCGGCGUCACAGCUUUGCUCCACAUACCCCUCUGCUGGAUUCUGGUCUUCGUGGCGGGCCUCGGCGGCAAGGGCGCCGCAUUGGCGGUCGUGAUUUCUCACUGGCUCAACUUGUCUCUCUUAGCACUCUAUGUGAAUCUCUCCGGGGCCUGCAAGAGGACCUGGACUGGUUUCUCAAAGGAGGCACUGCAUGACACCGUUAACUUUGUUAGGCUCGCCGCCCCUUCGGCCGCCAUGAUCUGGUGAGUCGAGGAUUUCCUUUUCUGGGUUGUCAUCAAAUUACUUUUUAUUUAUUUAUUUAUCAUGUUUCUUGGCUCUCUGGUGCAGUCUGGAGUAUUGGUCGUUUGAGAUGGUGGUUCUCUUAUCUGGUCUUCUUCCUAACCCCAAGCUGGAGACAUCGGUUCUCUCAAUCAGGUCAGCAAUCUUCGGCCUUGGUAACUAUCUGUUGAUGCAGGAGCAGCAGCACGAGGAGGGGAACGAUCUCCUUGAAUGGGAUAUUUAUGCCUAAAAAUAGUAAUUCAUGGAUGCUCUCUGAGAGGUGUUCUGUGUGAUUCCCUGACUGACGAUCUCCAUGCACCUUCCAGCCUCAGCACCAUGUGGAUGGUCUACAUGAUCCCCACCGGCCUCGGCAGCGCUGUGAGGUAGAACACACAGAGCUCUCAGACCCAUCAACCCUUUCUCUCUCUUUCUCUCUCUCUCUCUAUCCCUAUCACUUUGGGCUUGUUUAGUAUCAGAGUUUCGAAUGAGCUUGGAGCUGGGAACGCCCGCGGUGCGCGCUCUGCGGUGCGCGCCGUCCUCAUAAUCGCGACCACCGAGGGCCUGCUCGGGGCGUUGGCCACCGUUCUGGUUCGGAAUGUCUGGGGUUACCUAUACAGCGAGGAAGAAGAGGUCGUGAAGUACGUCGCCGCCAUGAUGCCCAUCCUUGCUGUCUCCGACUUCAUGGACGGCAUCCAGUGUGCUCUCCAAGGUACCAGCUCUUGUACUGCGUCUUCCUCGAAGGCUGUGAGAAAACCCUAAAACCUCUGGAACUCUCAGGUGCUGUCAGAGGUUGCGGGUGGCAGAAGGCCUGUUCCCUGCUGAACCUCGCGGCCUACUACGUCGUCGGCGUUCCCUCGUCGGUGCUGUUCGCCUUCGUCUUCCACACCGGCGGCAAGGUUGGUCCAAUCUGUUCUUCAUCCCUCCAUAGCCAGUAGCCUCCAAGCUCUGUGAUUUACAGUCUCUGAGGGCCUGGGAGCUUGUUGCAGGGGCUCUGGAUGGGCAUAAUAUGUGCGCUCUGCGUUCAAGUGUUCGUCCUCCUCGCCAUGCUCCUCAACACGGACUGGGACCAUGAAGUGAGUUAUCCUCCCUCUCCCUUCUCACCUCCGUUAAUGGCGACUCCCCACCCUCCCUCAAGCUGGGCUUUGCUCAAAAUCGUUCCGUUAAUGGAAAUUUGA